AUGGCUAUCAGGGAGCCUUCUAGAUACCUAGUAAAGGCAUUGCCAAGGGCGCUUGCGCCCUCUGCUCGCCCACAGGUCUUCUCGGCCCGUCGCAAUGCCUCGGAUGAGGCUCCGGCCAGGCGUCUGUCAAACCAGCUUGACGAUCUGGAGACCGGGUCUUCCCUGACAUCACAAGUGGCUGCGGAUGCGGCCAAGUCAUUUGAUCCUAUCGCUCGAUCAAAAGCCCGCAAAACCCAGCUCCCGCGCAGUCGUUAUCAAUUUCGAUCACCGAAGUACUACCGUGGUCCUCUCCACCCUCACCAACCUCCUGCUCCCUCAGAUCCUUCAUCCCGUCUCUUCGUUCCGGGCCCAUUCUCUCUCCCGCGCGUAGAGCAGACGUACCAGUCAACCGUCGCAUCGGACAUUCUCACCCUUUGCUACGUGCACACCCCACCAGGCUUCAAGCCUCCUCCCAAAUCAGCCCGUCUGAGAGAAUGGGACGACAGCUCGCCAUAUCACAAGAACCGUCCCCUCCGUGGUCCCCGUGGUGGUGACGUCUUGCGGUUGCUCCGAAAGCCCAUUAAAUUCAACAAUAUCCCGCAGGUCGAGCGGAUUACCAUUCACAGCUAUGUCAAGGAGGCCGCAUCCGAUAACUCAUCCUGGUUGCAUGUAGCGGGUAUGGCUAUUCAGGCUAUUUCGAAUGUUCGUGUUGAGACCUUCAAGUCAAAGACCAGUGUUGCCACUUGGCACAUUGUGCCUGGCCGUGAUACUGUGGCCGUCAAGGCCGAGCUUAAAGGUGAAGAGAUGUACCAUUUCCUAGGCAAGCUUAUUGAUGUGGUCCUUCCCCGUAUCAAGGAUUGGCCUGGUAUCAAGGGUUCCAGUGGUGACAGCAGUGGAAAUAUCUCUUUCGGUCUGGUAUCGGAGAAUGUUGCCAUGUUCCCUGAGAUUGAGGUCAACUAUGAUAUGUACCCCCCUAAGAUGAUCCCUGGUUGCCACAUCACCUUGCACACCACUGCCAACUCGGACAAGGAUGCUCGACUACUCCUGAGUGCCAUGGGUAUCCCCUUCCAUGGAAAGAUCGCAGUCUAA